GUCAUCUUGACAAUUAUUGAGACAAGAAAGGUGUGUGGGCGUGUGGGCUCUUGGUAUCAUGGUACCAGGUACCGGUGGCGUGGAUGCGGGAUGCUUCCCCUGAGAGGUGUCCUGGCAUAGCGUGGAUUUUUGCUGGAUGACACCGGAACUCUCGUGACUGAUGAGUUCCGGGAUUCCGAAACAGACGUGCCAGUGUCCUUGCCGAACAUCGACGCAAAACCGCUUCCUCCAGUUUCAAGUUGUUGUUCCACUCUCCGAUAGAUACUGUUCGAACUGCAUGGUCGUCAGAGGUUGGAGCUGUCUAUCAUCAGGUCAGGUUUGAAGGAACUGAAGGAGAUUGGUCGAAGCGAGCUCCAGCAAACGUGUGAUCGAGUUGUUUUUGUUGUUGAAGGAAGAGGAGCUGCUUUUCGUUCAGUUUAGGUUGCCCUCUUUUCCCAUCCAUCAACUACCGAUAGCCAAUCAACUUAUUAAGCCACUACACUGACUGAUUCGAUCAUUCGGCCAGCCAACAUCAUGUCUACUAAUCCUAACAACAACGACAAUAAGAAUGCCGCAAAGGUCCCUCGUCAAGGAUUGGAUCUGUUGCUGCAACGCAAGGGUAAAACGUUGCCCCCAGGUCAAAAGAUGAGUUUCACGUUGAUCAAAGGACCCAGCAUUAAUCGGGAUGCCAUUCCAGAUCCAGUGAAUCCAUCGGCUGCCAAAGAAUGCUUUCCCUUGAUUGCCAAGUUCCCAGAGUCGGUCGUUCGACCAGAGUUCAAGACGUCGCAGUGGAAAGAUGCUCGAUUGUAUCAGCAAGAUGUCCCCAAGGCUCAGAUUGACUCGGACGAAGAAGCCGAAGAACUAGCCGCCAUUGAGAACCGAAAGCGAUGGCGACGGAAACGCAACGAACCGCCCAAACGACAAUGGAUCCUACAAGAACAGGUCGAAUUCCUCGAAACCAUGAUUGAUUCCAAACGCAAGAAAAAAUCCGACAAUGCCAAGAUCAGCUCGCGAUACGAAGGAGUCCCCGAACACAAUCCCAGUCAUUUCGUAUUACUCGAGUGCAAAACCAACGGACCACAAUUUGACAACAACAACAAUGGUCACGACCACAAUAUACAAGUCACGCUCUUGCCGGCUCCACCCAAUGCGCAGAUUGCAUUCGCACAACCGGCAUCCCGCAAAGGAAUGUCCAUGAACGAAGCCGAACUCGCCAUUCUGGAUCAACGCAAUCAAAUGACGCGAUACAUGAUGCACAAUAAAAAUCAAAACUCAUUCAUUGCCCAACAACCCGUCAAUCAAUCCAAAGCACGAUUGCUGGGGCGACUCGCCAAAGCCAGCCAAAAGGGUGCAUUUGGUGGCACGUCGGAAGCUGCCGAAAAUGAUGAAACGGAUGAUAUCAUGGGUGAUAUCACCUUUCGUGACCGCAAGGGGAAUACCAAAGCCCGUAAGGAAUUGCUGUCGACCCUUGGAGAUGGUGUCAAAGUUGAUGAUGAUGGUGUCUUGGGUGGGGCACACGAUGACGAAUUUGGAGGAAAACGACGAUUCGGGGCAUUCAAGGCUGAAGAAACCGAUGGCAAAGCUGGACAAGCGGCACAAGGCAAUUCCGAUGUGGGAAAUGAUGGAAGGGCCAUGGCGGAUGGAUUCUAUCAACGUGAUGUUAAGGCGGAAUACGAUGAGUUGGAUUAUGAUAUUGAAGAGCAAUUUGACGAUGAUGAUGUCGAUGUGGGGGAGACCGAGGUGGUGGUGGAGAGCGGUUUUGCACAGGAAGAAGACGAAGAGGAAGAUGGAGAAGAGGAAGGAGAAGGGGGGACGGAACAAAUCACGGGCGCAGAAGGUCUCGCUUCCGUCGCUGGAUUCAAGGCACUGCUGGCCAAAGCCAAGACAGGAGCCACCACAGAUCCCAACCAAACGGCCGAGGCACAGGCGGCUGCCAAUGGUGCCGAGGCUGGCAAGAAGGACCCACGCAAGGAGGAUCCCAAAGGGCGGGCAGCUCUCAAAAAGUCCUUCAAGGCGCAAAAUGAACCAGAAAAUCAUCUACUCAAGAUCUUCAAGGCGGCUGAAAAAGUCAAGGAAAAGAGCGAGCUGCAAGAAAAGAAACCUCCUCCCAAGCAAGAAGACGAUACAGGCAACGAAGUCGAUAAGGACGGUCUUCGUAUCAUUUCAUUGCAGGCUGUCCGAAGGGAGAUCUGGUUGAAUCAUGGCCGUAUCAGUGUCAAGCGUCUUUCCAAGUUGUUUGAUGUCAACAAGAAGGCCACAAAAGAAAGGCAGAACCUAUUCAGAAAGAUUGUCAAGGAACUCUGCACCAUGGAGAAAGAUCCUGUUGCCGGAGCCAUGCUCGUUUUGAAGCAGCACUACUCCAACAUGGGAUAGGGUCCCGACCUGCUGUUGUGGCGACAUCCUCUCAUAAGCCCUGCAGUAUUUCUUUUUAAAAGGGUGCUCUAAUUAGUUAUCUUGAUAUUUUUAAGAAGGUUCCUUGUUUUUGCGUUUGUUCUGCUCUCAAAUUCUUGCGUACAAAGAUGUAAAGUAGUAGUAUGUAAAGUUUCUAAAAUUUGGCAACAAUAGUCAAAAACCAAUCACCCC